CUCCAACAGUAAUAAAAUCCAACCGUCUUAUGAUCCUUCCAAUAUUGAUUAGUUAUUUCACAGUCAAUAUGCCACCAAGACACACUUUUGUCCAGGUUAUAUUUCUGGGAUUAUGUGUACAACUUUCGUGUUCUGGUGAGCUCCAAAGUUGGAAAAAGUGCAAUGGAGUGUGUGUUCCACUAAACCAAUGCAAAUCGUUGGUAGGGUCUUACAACCUUGUUGACAUUGGAGACGAUGUAGAAGUAUCAUGUCAUCAUUAUCUUGAAGUGUGCUGCCCCAGCGAAAACGUAAUACCUGACCGCGCUGAGAAAAACUGUGACAACAGUGCCAUCAAAACGUUCCGCGACUGUGGCAGAAGGAACGAAGAUGGAAUCGGAUUCAGAAUAACACACGCCAAACAUAAUGAGACUGAGUUCGGAGAAUUCCCUUGGGUGGUUGCAGUCAUGCAGGUUGAAGCAUCUCAAGUGGAACUAGUUGCACCUAGUUCUAAGUUGCUUUGUGGAGGCUCCCUGAUCGCACCGAACGUCGUUCUGACCGCGGCUCAUUGUGCGAUGAAUCGUAACGCUGAAACAUUGAUUAUUCGAGCGGGAGAAUGGGACAUUGCUACUAAGAACGAAGUGAUUCCGUAUCAGGAGCAACGCGUUGAAAGGAUCAUCCUUCAUCCCAAUUUCGACCAAGAACUCCUGUUCUCCGAUUUAGCACUGCUAGUUCUGGAGGAAAACUUUGUUGCCGACGAACACAUCCAGCUUAUAUGCUUGCCUCCGCAGAACAAAGCGUUCUACGAUGAUAGCUGUUUCACCACCGGUUGGGGUAAAGUUGAUUUCAGUGCGCAAAGCCAUCAAACCAUCCUGAAGCGGAUUGAGGUACCAAUAGUUCCUAGACAACAAUGUGAAACGCAUCUGAGGACAACGCAUCUCGGUCCGAAGUUUCGACUGCACGACUCGUACAUUUGUGCCGGUGGGCUGGAGGGAGUUGACAGCUGUACCGGUGAUGGAGGUUCUCCGUUGAUGUGCCCGGUGCCAGGAUUCAAGAACAAGUACUAUCAAGCUGGUAUAGUUGCGUGGGGGAUUGGUUGUGGGCAGAAGGACAUACCUGGGGUCUACGUUAGAGUCAGUUUGUAUACUGAUUGGAUCAGAGAGGAAAUUCGAAAGCUCGGGGAAGUGAAAUAGAAAUUUUUUAUCAUUAUAUACAUGUCUGCUAUGAAAUACAUAUGUACUCGUUGAAUGAACACAAUUUGUUUUAUUUCACAUUUUUGUAGAUACACCAAUUACCCUGGGCUUGAACUAUAUCUUCCAGGAAGCUUUGAUUUUGGGCAUGUGGCCGAUGUGCUUUGCAGUAAUGAUUGGAAUAGCUGAAUGUAUAAGCAAUGGCAAACAGUUCUGUAAAAAUCAGAGCUUCAAGGCAUCUGAUAUAGUUAUACUGAUCAUGCUGCUGCCUAGUAUAUCGAACAUUUGUCGAAGUCAUUUAUGUGCCGGGAAAAUAUAAUUCCAAGUUGGUGAGAAUAUUACAAACUGAGGGAGGGUAAUAGGCUCAGUCAGACCCCUGAAUGGGCAAUGUGGGUUAGUGUGUGGGAAUGCCAUUGAAGGUUUGUAAUAUUCUCCGAGGCUUUCGAAAUCCAACAGGGCGCGUCCCCGGGUUGCGGAUAGGGGGAAAAGGGAGAUUUUUCGCAUUUGUACUGUAAUCAGCCAAUGUGAUAUUAUCUUCUAUGGUGUUGUAGUGCGAAUGAAUGAUCUCAUUCUAUGGGAAUUCGAAUCUUGUAAUGUAUUGUUUAUUAACUUCAAUUUUCUAUGCUUGACAAGGUUUUGAAGAUAAACAUGAGAUAAGAGAAUUACCUAAAAGGAAAGUCACAUCAGCAAAGCUUUUACAUAUGCAAAUGCUGUCCAUGGGGUCAUGUCUAGCAUUUACUAUGUAUGGCAAUGACUGAUUCUUGCCUAGUAGGGGUACUACAAGACCACGCGGACAAUUCGAUUAAAGGCUUAAUUGGGAAUAAUAUAUGUUCCGGAACUGAAGGGACAUUUUUUCCGGGAUGACUGGCGAGUCGGAGAGGGUAGGAGUGUCCGUUUGUUAUAAUUGACAAAAUAAACAAUCGGGUACUUUUGAUUUCUGUGACUUGCUUGGCAUUUUGUGGAUUAUUGUUUUUCUUUUGGUUUUAGAAGGUAUGCGAUUCACUAUUGAGCCUUAAAAUUAUUUUGCAUCUGAAUAGCAUUGAUAUUGUCAAGUCUGUACCAACACCCUAAUCCCACACCAAAAUACCCUUUUCCUAUCCCAUGGCGUUUAUGUGAUCAGCAAAGACUAUUCAGCCAUUACCCCUCCUUAUCAUCGGCUUUGGACUGACUUGCGCUCUCAUUGCCCCACCAAAUGCUGCAAAAUGAAAAUGAAAAUGAAU